GGGAGUUUGUUUCUACCGGAAAAGCGAUGGAAGAGCACUGCUAAGCACUCAGCUUUUUUAUUGGAUGCUUUAGGCUCUGAAUUUAGCCUGGAAAAGAAAAAAAAGGUUCAAAUACCAGCGAGGAGACUUCGUGAGGUCGUUUCUUCAAAUCUUGAAGAUAAUUCGGUUUUGCUGAAAGAAGAUUUGCCCUAUGUUCCUCCUGCGUUGCCAGCAAAUAAAAAUCUUACUGUUAAAACGGGGACUGGCUUGAAUGGAACAUUACAUGGUUCAUCAGAUUUAACUUCUGCUAAAAAUUAUAACCAGCUUCCAUUUGAAAAUCUCACCAUGUCAGAAAGUGAUUUUUCUAAAGAUGUUACAGCACAAGGGUUGCCUUUGUAUAAAACAGAAGAAAGCAAUAAACAGAAAGCAAAUGACAUUUUUAUUUCUCAGUAUACCAUGGGACAGAAAGAUGCUUUAAGAGCAGUGUUAAAGCAAAAAGCUCAAAGCAUGCCUGUUUUUAAGGAAGUCAAGGUACAGCUUUUAGAAGAUGCAGGGGCAGAGAAGGACACUGUUCCUCAGGAGACUAGAACUUCACCCAGUGGACUUGACUCAGCUACAACUGUGGCUGCAGCAACUGCCGCUGCCAUAGCAACAGCAGCUCCACUCAUCAAAGUACAGAGUGAUUUGGAAGCUAAAGUUAAUUCUGUUACAGAAUUAAUUAAUAAGUUACAAGAGACUGAUAAACAGUUGCAACGUGUUACAGAAAAGCAAGCAAACAUUCAGAAUAAACACGAGACCCUUCAUUGUCGUGAUCAUGAAAAGCACAUGAAUGUGUUUAUGGAGCAACACUUUAGGCAUCUUGAAAAACUACAACAACAACAACUAGAUAUUCAGACUCAUUUUAUUAGUGCUGCACUCAAGUCUAGUAGUGUACCGCCUCUUAGUGUACCCCCCUCCAGAGCAUUGGAUAGGUAUUCUGUAAAACCUGAACAUCCUAAUCCUGGAAGUGGUAAUACAUCUUCUCAUAAUACGUUUGCUUUCACACAAGCACCUUCAAAAGAGAGUGAAGACACAGGUUUUGAUAAACAGAAAUCUCCUUUGGAGACACCAGCACCUCGCAGGUUUGCUCCUAUACCUGUUUCAAGGGAUGGCAAAAUACCGAAGAGUGAAAAUCCUGUGGAAGAAAAAGAAAAUAUGGCGCUAUCAGCUCAUAGAGGAAAUGUAGGACUACUGGAACAAAUUUUGAAUAGCCAUGAUACUCUGACAAGAAAAAGUGACUCUUCAGAUAAAGCCUCGCUAAUGGUGCCAAAUGUAGGAUGGAAUCCUGAGAGGAGAGACAGGUUCCCUUCCUAUGAAGAGCUAGGAACAACUAAAGUGACUGUGCAGAAACCUGGUGAUGAUUUUCAUGAUGUUGACCAAAAGAAGAAUGUAACAAAUGGCAUGCCUCUGCCUAAAGACUCUUUGAUUAUGACAAGACUUGCUGAUCUUCCACAGAAUUCACUUAAAUUUCCAACAACUAAAGCAACAAGAUCCAUAUUGAAAGAUGCUGAGAGGAUUUUGAGAGGAGUACAAAACAAUAAAAAAGUGCUUGAAGAAAACCUGGAAGCUAUUAUUCGUGCAAAGGAUGGAGCUGCCAUGUACUCAUUUAUCAAUGCUCUCUCUACGAACAGAGAGAUGUCAGAGAAGAUUCGGAUCAGAAAGACUGUAGAUGAGUGGAUUAAAACUAUUUCUGCAGAAAUUCAGGAUGAGCUGGCAAGAAAAGAUUAUGAACAAAAGAGAUUUGACCCGAAGAAUCAAAGGACCAAGAAACUACAAAAUAUGAGUAAAGACAUUAAAACCAACAUGCAAGACAAAACUAUGAAUAAUUCCAUAAUUCCAGGAAAACAUUGCCAAAAACAAAUAGAGGAGUAUUUAAAAAAUCCAUCUAUAAGGAACAUGCCUGUUUCAAGUUUACAGAAAGAGAGAAAAGAAGGAUUUCUGAAAGCAACCACAGGGAAACAAGACGAGAAUCAUAUGCUACAAAUUUACGGAAAACCAGUUUACCAGGGCCAUCGCAGCACUCUUAAAAAAGGACCAUAUCUCAGAUUUAACUCUCCUUCUCCUAAAUCCAAAUCACAGAGACCAAAAUUAAUAGAACGAGUUAAAGGCACUAAAGUAAAGUCAAUAAGAACACAAACUGAUGUUUAUGCAACAAAACCUAUGAAGAUGGAUUCUAAGACACAGCAUUCUCUUACUACACUACCUCAUGUUGGUCAGCAACAGUAUUUGUUUAGCCCAAGCAGAGAAAUGCCCACUCAUUCAGGUACCCUAGAAGGUCAUCUAAUUCCUAUGGCAAUUCUUUUAGGACAGACCCAGAGUAAUAGUGAUUCAGUGCCACCUGCUGGACUCAUAAUAAGUAAGCCCCACCCUGUAACGGUGAAUACUUCUAUUCCUCCAUCAUCUCGAAAACCAGAAGCUGGCAUAAAGAGACCUAAUAUAGCGGUUGUAGAGAUGAAGUCUGAAAAGAAGGAUCCUCCUCAGCUUUCUGUACAGGUAUUGCCCAGUGUCGAUAUUGACAGCAUUUCUUACGGUAGUGUUCAUGUCAGUCCAUCUCUUCCCAGUCCCAAAGAAGCAUCUUCUCCUGUUCUGCACAGUUGGAUGCAGACUGCAGAAAUUAUGAAGGCAGAUGAAGAAGAGGUGAAGUUUCCAGGAACUAACUUUGAUGAAGUAAUUGAUGUCAUACAGGAAGAAGAAAGCUAUGAUGAAAUUCCAGAAUGCUCUGAGCCAAUGCUGGAGUUUAACAGAAGUGUUAAAGUUGUUUCUACAAAAUAUAAUGGUCCUCCAUUUCCACCAGUUGCUGCUGCUUUUCAGCCCACUACUGAUAUUCUGGAUAAAGUAAUUGAGAGAAAAGAAACAUUGGAAAAUGACGUAAUUCAGUGGGUAGAACAAGAAAUAAUGUCAAGAAUUAUCUCUGGGCGCUUCCCAAUCCAGCAACAGGUUGCACCUAAUGUCAGUAUUUCUGGCAGUGAGGGAAGUGAACCAUUGACCCCUGACACUGUGGAAGGAGCAAGUGGCGGUGCCCUCCAGCUCUUUGUUGAUGCAGGGGUUCCUGUGAAUUCAGACAUGAUUGCGCAUUUUGUCAGUGAAGCUCUUGAAGAGACCAUUGCUAUCAUGCUGGGUGACAGAGACACUAAGAAGCAAGGUCUCACUGCUGCAAGUGUUCCUGGGGACGUUUCAGCCAGCAACACAUACUUGCCGGCAAGAGUAUGUACCCCUGUGGCUACCCCACAGCCUACUCCUCCUCGCUCACCUUCAUCACCUCUUAAAGAGCGUGUGCUGGUGAGAACUCCAGACUCCUCUCCCUGUGAUUCUUACCACGAAGAAGCUUUUCCUAUGAAAGAACUACUUCCUGAGAAAGGAAGUGCCAUGCCUCCCGCUGCCCUUGUUAAUACACCUACAGUUACUCCUGCUACUACGCCUCCUCUGGCUGCACCUCUUACCCCAACUUCGUCAGAGCUUUCCAUUGAUAAAUUGAAAAUCUCAAGCCCAGAGCUUCCGAAGCCAUGGGGUGACGGAGACCUGCCUCUGGAGGAAGAGAAUCCUAACUCCCUUAACGAAGAACCUGCUCACCCAAGAGCUAUUGUGAUGUCUGUGGAGAAGGAUGAAGAACCUGAGAGUGUACAUUUUCCUGCUCCUCCUGGUCCUCUAGAGCCUAUUCUCUUGAUGCCCUUUCCCGACGGUGCCAAGGCCCCUUCUUCCAUACCGAUGCCAAGUUCAGAGUCGUCCACACUGGAGAGCACCUUGAGUGCUACUGUCACGGACACGGAAACUGUAGAUAGACCCAUCUCUGAAGGAGAGGUUUUGUUUAACUAUGGUAAAAAAUUGGCUCCCAAGAUUUUAGGAGAUGGACUCUAUCAAACAAUCAUAAAUGAUAGCUUAUCCAGUACGCUACAUGAUGCCCUUGAAAUGGAAGAAGAUCCUCUCAGUGAAGGACAAGUGAUUAAGAUGCCUCCUAACAAAUUUCAUGAAGAUGUAGUUCUUUCUCUCUUUGCUAAACAAAACCAGGAAUCAUUGGUUUCACAGCAAGCACUUGAUCAUUCAGAGGACUUGGACAAUAGUGUGGGUGAACUUAGUGAAGGACAAAGGCCCAGACUGGCCAUAGCAGCAGAGAACAUCUUAAUGAGGAAGCCUGUCGUUAGUGCGGAAACUGUGCAUCAAAAAUGUGAUCCUAAGCCAUUUUCUCAGCCAUUUGACCCAGUUUCAGGAAGUGUUUAUGAAGAUUUAUGUGUCAGUCACGGUCCAAUGAGCUUGGGAGAAUUGGAGUUGCAGCCACGUUCUAACUUUGUUCCUCCCACAACACUUGCAACAGCACAAGAAAAUGCUAAUUUGCCAGUAGCAGCUGAAGAUUUUUCUCAGUGCCAUCAAAAGCAAGACCAGGAUAUUGAACACAAACAAGUUGAAUAUAAACCAGCACAAAGUCGUUUAAUACAUGUAAGAAGUAGAUCUGAAACUUCAGUCUCACCACAAGAGCAACUGGUGACUCCUGGAGAGCAGGAUCAGACACAAAUUGAGCCAAAUCUAUACCUUGCAUCUGUGUUUACAGGUGAUAAAGCAAUACCCAUGUUCAGUUCGCAGGAACUACCUGCCAAGAUGUCCGUAGCGCUGCCCCUGGUGAACUUGGAGGACUGCGCUCAAUCUCUGAGCAUCAGCACAGUUCAGGGCGACACAGACUCCUCGGGAGCAGACACCUUCUAA